ACCCAUAACACAAGAGUGAAGAUGACAUGGUACAACACCAACUUCCACAAUACUGCUGGGAUGGACACACCUAACAGGAAGACUCUGGUAUUCAUGUUCAUACUGCUGCUUGCUCAGCUGGGAUGCAGCGUGCAGAGUGUGUCUGAGUGUUGCAGACAGCCAGCGCGGUCCUGUCGCCUCCAAGUCCUGCUGUGUCGUUCUGGCAACAUGAGCAUAGGGGGAACCAAUGCAGGAGACGCAGCCGCUGGAAUCCUCACCCUUGGUAAACGGAACGAGGAUGAGUUACAUUUGCAGAGCAGACUCCAUCAGCUUCUUCAUGGCCGCAAGAACCAAGCAGCUGGGAUACUGACUAUGGGGAAGAGGACUGCACAGAGGGAUAGGGAGCAAUAAACAGAUUGACUGAGUCUAUCUUAAAAACAAAAAAAGAAAACACACACAGUUUGAACACAUUUGCCUGGGUAAAUAAUGUUCAUACAAUGUUUA